AUGGCCUCCAACCAGAACCAAGCGAGCUACGCGGCCGGCGAGACAAAGGCCCGCACCGAGGAGAAGGCCGGGCAGAUGGUGGGCACCACCAAGGACAAGGCGGGGCAGGCCACGGAGACCACGAAGCAGAAGGCCGGCGAGGCCAAGGACAAGACGGCCCAGACGGCGCAGGCCGCCAAGGACCGCGCCGCCGAGAGCAAGGACCAGACCGGCAGCUACCUCGGCGAGAAGACGGAGGCGGCCAAGCAGAAGGCGUCGGAGACGGCGCAGUACGCGCAGGAGAGGUCCUCCGACGCCGCGCAGUACACCAAGGAUUCCGCCGUCGCCGGCAAGGACAAGACCGGGAGCGUGCUCCAGCAGGCCGGCGAGACGGUGGUGAGCGCCGUGGUCGGCGCCAAGGACGCGGUGGCGAACACCCUGGGCAUGGGCGGUGACAACACCACCAAGGACACCACCACCACCAGGAAUCACUAG